AUGUCGGAGCUAGGCGGAUCUCUGGACACGCCACAUAGCAUCUUUCAGGUGGAUGAGUCAAACGCCGGAAAGUGUUCAGCCAAGACGAACAUAGUUUUCCUGAAGACGCACAAAACGGCUGGUUCUACCAUUCAAAAUGUAAUCAUGCGGUAUGGACUGAACAAAAACCUUACUUUUGCCUUACCACGCACUGGCCAUAGGUUUCCUGGUUUUUUUGAAAGGUCAUCUGUGUUGCCCGUAAACCAAAACAAGAACAAGACCGCCUACAAUAUAUUAUGUCAUCACACUCGCUUCCAUUAUGACAACAUGAGGGAUCUUAUGCCAAACGACUCAGUUUACAUAACAGCUGUGCGAAGUCCUGGUAAAUUAUUCCAAUCUGCUUUCGAGUACUUUCAAUUUAGAAAGAAAUUCCACAUUACAAAACAGAAUGCCCUAGAAGCUUUUCUUGAUGACCCGUCUUAUUUUGUAGGAAAAUAUAGUAAGAUACGCUUUUCUCGUAACCCAGUGUUUUUCGACCUGGGAUACGACCCUUAUCAGCUAGAGUCAGAAUCUUCCAUAAGAGAUGCUAUUAAUUAUGUUGAUAGAAUAUUUUCACUUGUUCUGGUGUCAGACUAUUUCGAGGAGUCCAUGGUGCUUUUAAAACACACUCUUUGCUGGGAUGUCAAUGACGUUACAUAUUUCAAGCUGAAUGAAAGGGAAUCCACUUCUUUCCAACAUCUAACGAAGGACAUGGAAGAGAAGAUAAGGCAAUGGAACAAAGCGGAUAGUAUGCUGUUUGACCAUUUCAACAGAUCAUUAUGGGAAAAACUUUCUCAUCUCCCUUUUGACUGGAAAAAAAAGGUGGAGUUACUAAAGCAGAAGAAUAGGCGUCUUGAAGCUGAGUGUAUAAACACGCGUAUGACGACCUCUGAUAUCAGAGCUAGGACAUUUAGAUUUUUUGAACCCCCCGGAGUACCAGUUGUUGGUAUUGUAUUGAAUGAAUCUGAAAUGCGAAAUCAAACCUGUGUUCACAUGGCUAAGGCUGAAAUACCAUUCACAAACGAACUUAAAGAUUUAUAUAAAAAGUCAAUCAGGAAGUGAAAGUAAAACAACGAC